AUGGCGCCCUCUGUCGUCUCAAAGGUGCUCUCGGGCUCUGCCCUCUUGGCUGCAGUCAGUGCUCAGAACUUCGGAGGUAGUGGUCGCGGCGAAGGCGCUUUCAGUUACGUCCAGCCGCUCAACACUACCAUUCUGACCGAGUAUGGCUCCUCGCCGGCUGUAUAUCCUUCACCGAAGAUUUCUGGUGCUGGUGGCUGGGAGAUGGGCCUUGAGAAGGCAAAGGCUUUCGUGGCUCAACUUACUCUGGAAGAAAAGGCUGACAUGGUCACUGGUCAAGCCGGCCCUUGUGUUGGUAACAUCGUUGCCAUUCCCCGCCUGGGCUUCCCUGGUCUUUGCCUCCACGAUGGCCCUCUUGCCAUUCGCGUGGCUGAUUACGCAAGCGUAUUCUCCGCCGGUGUAUCCGCCGGUGCUACAUGGGACAAGGACCUCAUGUAUGAGCGCGGCUACGCCAUGGGCGAAGAGUUCAGGGCAAAGGGUGCUCAUGUCUUCUUGGGUCCUGUCGCAGGACCACUUGGACGUUCCGCCUAUGCCGGCCGUAACUGGGAGGGCUUUUCCUCAGACCCUUACCUCAGUGGUGUAGCUAUGGAGAAGACCAUCCUGGCAUCUCAAGAUGCAGGUGUACAGGCUUGCCCUAAGCACUGGAUUGGUAACGAGCAGGAAAUCAUGCGUAAUCCUACUUACCGCAAGGACGACAACACCGAACAAGCGCAAGCUGCUAUCUCAUCCAACAUUGAUGACCGCACCAUGCACGAGCUCUACAUGUGGCCAUUCGCCAACGCUAUCAAGGCCCGCGCUGCCAGUGUCAUGUGCUCGUACCAGAGAAUCAAUGGAUCUUACGGAUGCCAGAACUCUGCUUCACAAAACGGUCUGCUCAAGGGUGAGUUGGGCUUCCAAGGAUACAUCAUGUCUGACUGGGGUGCGACCCACUCGGGUGUUGCCUCCAUCGAGGCUGGUCUUGACAUGAACAUGCCUGGUGGACUUGGUGCUUACGGAUUGAACUUUGGUGUCCCAUCUUACUUUGGCGGCAAUGUCACUCUUGCUGUUAACAACGGCACUGUCAACGAGUCCCGCAUCGACGACAUGGUCCUCCGUAUCAUGACUCCCUACUUCCAGCUCGGCCAGGACAACGACUUCCCGUCCGUUGACCCUUCCUCUGCUGAUCUCAACACUUUCUCUCCACGAAAGUCCUGGACCCGCGAGUUCAACCUUACUGGCGAGAAGAGCCGUGAUGUUCGUGGCAACCACAACGAGCUGAUCCGUCGACACGGUGCUGCUGGCACCGUUCUGUUGAAGAACGUAGACCGUGCUCUGCCUCUCAAGGCACCCCGCAAUGUCGCAAUCUUCGGUAACGGUGCCAGUGAGCUUGCUCGUAGCUCUGUCCUCAACCAGCAAAACUACGAGUAUGGUGCUAUCUUUGCUGGCGGUGGCUCUGGUACCGGCCAGAACACCUACGUGAUCACGCCCCUCACCGCUAUCCAGCAGCGUGUCAGGGAAGACCGUGGCAUUGUCCAGUACUUCUUGAACAACACCCACAUCAUUAACAACAAUGUCAGCACCCUCGUCAUCCCACGCGAUGUCCCAGAUGUCUGCAUCGUCAUGCUCAAGACCUGGGCUGAGGAGGGUGAUGACCGCUAUCACCUUGGGUCCGACUGGAACGGCGACAAAGUUGUCGAGUCCGUUGCAUCUUUCUGCAACAACACCGUCGUCGUGACCCACUCCUCCGGUGUUAACACCCUGCCAUGGUCUGACCACCCCAACGUCACCGCCAUCCUGGCCGCUCACUUCCCCGGUGAAGAAUCCGGCAACUCCCUCGUCGACAUCCUCUACGGCGACUUCAACCCUUCUGGCCACCUCCCUUACACCAUCGCCAAGAAUGGUGACGACUGGAACGCGCCCCCCACCACCGAAAUCCAAACCGACGGCUUCAACGACUGGCAGAGCUGGUUCGACGAGAAGCUCGAGAUUGACUACCGCCACUUCGACAUGCACAACAUCUCCGUCCGCUACGAAUUCGGCUUCGGUCUCUCCUACACCACCUUCUCCAUCUCCGACAUCAAGUCUGCUCCUCUCAAGGACGCCAUCACCUCCCACCCAGAGAACCUCCCCAUCCAGCCCGGCGGCAACCCCGCUCUCUGGGAGGCCAUCUACAACGUCACCGUCUCCGUCGCCAACACCGGUGACGUCGCCGGUGCUGCUGUGCCUCAGCUGUACGUCGGUCUGCCUUCUUCCGCCCCUGCCGGCACCCCUGUGCGCCAGCUCCGCGGGUUCGAGAAGGUCUACCUUGAGGAGGGCGAGACCCAGAGCGUUAGCUUCGAGCUUAUGCGCAGGGAUCUGAGCUACUGGGAUGUUGUUAGCCAGCAGUGGGUUAUCCCUGAGGGCGAGUUCAACAUCUGGGUUGGACUUAGCAGCCGUGACCUGAAGGUUCAUGAUAGCUUUACUGUUGUUGGAUAG